CGUGUUGAAUGUUUGUAUACAAAAGCUAGGCGCGCGCAAUUUAGCGCCAUCUCUGAUCCCUGUGCAUAGUAAACGUUGAAGAACUACAACGCUCGAUUUAUCAUCGUCACGUCAAACCUACCUUUGCUCUCCGUCUGCGCUGCCAAAGGUGUGGAACAUGACUUGGAUUUACAAUUGAAGUCCAAAGUGUUUUGGCUACGCUACGUUACGUUUAUUUCGCCUCUACCUCUGCUCUGUAGAGAGAGUCCUCUCAAGUCUCAUUUUCAGGCCUAGCUGACUCAGCUCGUGAACUCCGCCCCCUCUCCAAGAAUGAUGGCAUCUUCAUCGGAGCAGUUUCCCGACAUUCACGGUGUAAAUGCCGUACAUGAUGUAGUGAUUGUGGGGGCUGGUAUUCAAGGUUCUGCUACAGCAUAUCACUGUGUGAAGCAGGGGUUAAAAACUGUGCUCCUAGAACAAUUCAGUCUACCUCAUUCCCGGGGCAGUUCUCAUGGCCAGUCAAGAAUCAUCCGCUACUCUUACGAUCAAACGCACUACUCCCAGAUGAUGAGUGAAGCUUACCCAAUGUGGAAAGAGUUGGAGAAAGAAACUAGUACACCGCUUUACAAGAAGACUGGUCUUUUGACCAUCUCACUUCCACCAAAUAAAGGACUCUACGAGAGUUCCUUGAAUCAGAUGAGAAAGUUUGAAAGACCACACAGGAUUCUGGACCACGAGGCCAGGAAGAAAGAAUACCCGCAGUUAGAUAUUCCCAAAGAUGCCCUGGUCUUUAUGGAUUAUGACGGAGGUACGCUGAGAGCAGACAAGGCUCUACGUGCAUACCAGGAUACAUUUAAGAAUUGUGGAGGCAUUCUGAAGGAGGAAGAGCAAGUUCUGAAGAUCACACCUGGUACCUUGGUGACAGUGACUACCAGCAAGGGCACCUACAGGACCCGUCAUCUAAUCCUCACUCCGGGAGCAUGGGCCCAAAAGGUCCUCAGGCCCCUGGGUUUAGAUCCACCAUUGACGGUGGCCCGUAUUAAUGUACCUUAUUGGCAGGAGAAAGAAGUAGGAGCCAUGAGCAAAUUUCCUAAUGUCAUCUUUGAGACAAAAACUAAAAAACAUGUAUAUGGACUGCAGGAAUUAGAAUAUCCCGGCUUAACAAAGAUUCCAUUUCAUGGUGGCUCUGAUAACAUUGAUCCAGACUACAGAGAUACCGUACACAACGAAGCAGUUGGACACAAAAGUGAGAUUGAAUUCAUGAAGAAGUUCAUCGCUAGAUACUUUCCCCUGUUGCUGAGUGAGCCGACUAUAAUGGAAACCUGCAUGUACACGUUGACUCCAGAUGAUGAAUUGAUCAUGGACAGACAUCCGGUCUAUCCUAACAUCAUUGUGUGCUGCGGAUGCUCGGGACAUGGAUUUAAGCUGGCACCUUCCAUAGGUAAGAUCCUGUGCAGGAUGGCGAUGGGUAAAGAGCCUCACAUCGACAUCACAGCACUGAGCUUUAAGAGAUUCAGCAACUCCUGUCUCAUCAACAACUCAAAGUUAUAGCUUCCUCUCCUUGUGCAGACCACAAGCAAUAUGGCUCAUCAACAAAUCAAAGUUAUAGCUCCCUCUCCUGUUCAGACCACAAGCAAUAUGUCUUAUCAACAAAUCAAAGUUAUAGCUCCCUCUCCUGUUAGGACCACAAUCAAUAUGUCUCGUCAACAAAUCAAAGUUAUAGCUCCCUCUCGUUGUGCAGACCACACACAAUAUAUCUUGUCAACUAAUCAAAGUUAUAGCUCCCUCUCCUGUUUGGACCACAAGCAAUAUGUCUUAUCAACUAAUCAAAGCUAUAGCUCCCUCUUGUUGUGCAGACCACACGCAAUGUAUUGUCUUGGAUAUUGAAAUCGUGAUAUGGUUUUCAUCAUUACCUCAUUUGCAAUUAAUACAAUACAUGCAUGUCAAAUUUUUAUGAGAGUCUCAUUGUGCAGACCACACGCAAUGUAUUGUCUUGGAUAUUGAAAUCGUGAUAUGGUUUUCAUCAUUACCUCAUUUGCAAUUAAUACAAUACAUGCAUGUCAAAUUUUUAUGAGAGUCUCAUUGUGCAGACCACACGCAAUGUAUUGUCUUGGAUAUUGAAAUCGUGAUAUGGUUUUCAUCAUUACCUCAUUUGCAAUUAAUACAAUACAUGCAUGUCAAAUUUUUAUGAGAACCCUCUUUGUGGCCAGAAAGUAAACAAGGAUGCAAAUAUUGUAGCCUGGCUGGCAGAAGGGCAUUAGCUCGAAUUUCAGGUUAAAACUGAAGCGUUAAGCAGAAGGGCGUUAGCACUAAAUCGCCACAAACUGUUGGAGAAAAAAAUUGUGGCCAUGUUCUACUAUAACAUUUCCAUUAGUCUUUUAGGUUUUAAACCAAUUUUCGGGACGGAAAGCAGUCUAAAUAUAAAACAAUUCGUUAAAUGCAAAUAAUUUUGAGUCACUCACGCGCUAAUGUCCUUCUGCCAGCCGGCCGAUGAUAUACACUGCUAUGUCAGUUGUGAUUCAGUCAUUUGGUGGCAUGACACUUUUCAAAGUCUCAACCACUUUUGAAAUUAGCAAACCCUUCAUGCAAGUGAAAAGCGUCUGGUUUCACAGCACAUUUUUCUUGAAGUCUUGAACUAUGAAGCAUUUUUAUGAUUGGAACAUGGAUUUUAUGAUAUCACAAACCCACAAAUUCCGAGCGGGUGAAUUCAUCAUUUGGCUCAUGAGGGGAUGGAAUGUACUCGUUGAAAAGUCAUGAAACUGUUAAUAUUGGAAUGUGAAAAGAAAUUAGAAUACAUUAAACUUACAAGAUACAAAGUAAUUAUAUAUAAUCUAUACACUGUAAUGACUUUAUUGUUACAAAUUUUUAAAUAGGUAUUUGCGACAAAGCUUUUUAAAACAGGAUAAAGUUUAACUAAAUUUUAUAGAAGUGGGUAAUUGAUUGGAAUUUAGUAUACCGGUAUUUUGUGUUGAAAGUGUAAAAAGUGGAUUGAAAUGAAUUGAAUUUAUUGACCCAAACCAUAUCCAUUUCUUCUAAAAUACUAAUACUAGUAUUUUCAGUCAUUGAAAUUUUGAGAGAGUGUAUCCUGCCAUGUGUGAUUUAUAAAGAGACAGUUGAUAUGCAAGUCAGUAAGAUUCAUAUAUCAAAGUAAAUCAGCUCAUGUGUUAAAUGUGUGGAAAGUCAUUUUCAUCUGUAAUACCAAUAUUUUCAAUCAUUGAAAUUUUGAGAGUGCUUAGGUAAUUUAUGAAGACAGUUGAUUGUUCAGAUUCGUAUAAGCAAAAUCGAA